AGAAGUCAAGGGGUAUGAAUACUUUCGGAAGGCACUGUAUGAGUCAUAUAACUGACUUUUUUCUGCAGACUCUGAAUAAAGGAUGACAUGUUCAAAGAUUUCCAUUUGAUCUUAGAUGUUUGGUGAGAGAGUUUAGAGUAGCCAUAAUGGCUUAUAGUGUAAGAGAGGUAUGGAAUUGAGUGUGUGAAAAAUAUCAACUAAGUUACCAAUGUGUGUCAGAGGCCAACCUCUCUUUCACCCCCAUCUGGGUGCCGGACUGGCUCAAUCCACACAACACACACUUCCUGUAGCAUGAGGACCUGUCAGAUAGGGCCUCCCCUCAUUACUAACCCCCAGACCACAAUGCUGUGUUGACACACAACACACUGACACUCUCGGACAUAGAAGUUAAUGGAUAGUGAUGGGGUAGGUUAGACAUACCUGUCUGGAUGUAAAUGUCAUGGAUCUCAAUCUCUGCGUCUGGCUCUGGACCAUAUUAUGCUGGGUGGAAGUUCUGGGGCAGGGGACCAGGGAUGGGGCUGUCCCUCAUCUGUCAAAGAAAGAUGUUCUGCUGUUGGCGGAUGAUGCAAAUCCAAAGUGUUUUACCAGGACACAGUAUGACUUCACCUGUUUCUGGGAGAUGCCAGACAACAAGUCUUAUGACUUCUUCUAUAGUAACGAUGAUCACCGAUGCCAGUCAUAUUCUCUCUGUCUGUUCAGUCGGGAGGAGAAGAGGUGUAAUCUGAUUCUCCAGAGGACAGAGGAAGGGAAAGUCCUCCAUGUCUGCUCCUUCCCUCCCUCUGAUGUCUUCCUGUUCACCUUCACACACAUCAGAGUGAUGGAGGGCAGCUCCAACUACACACUAUACGCACGCACGGUCAGCGUCGAGGACCAGGUUCUCCUGGAUCCCCCUGUGAAUGUAUCCCUUCACCCGACAGGGCAGACUGGGCAGUUCCAGGUGGAGUGGCACACACCCAGAGAGUGGGAGAACAACAUGCAGUAUGGGAUACGUUACUCCUCCCAGAGCCUGAGGGAGAGAACUGAACUGAUAAAGCCGGUGAGGUCCCAAAUCCACAGCCUGGUCUCUCUGGCGCCAGGGGAGGUCGUCAGCGUCCAGCUGAGGGUCAAACCCAACGGCUACAGCGAGAAAGAGACCAGUGGUCAUUGGAGCGACUGGUCGGUCCCCAAAACUGCCAUGGUUCCUCAGAGUGCAGCUGAUAUCUCAUUGUUGUGCCACACUUCUGACCUGCAAAACAUCACCUGCCAAUGGAAUGGGCAGGCCUACAGAGAUGAUACCUACACCAUAUACUACAAGCUGGGACCCAGUGAAAGUGAGGGCUGGAGAGAGUGUAUGCAGAAUGAGAACAUCUCCUACCAUUGCAGUUUCCAUGGAGCAGAGUCCAGUGAGAUACGGGUCAAACUCAGCGCUGGUUCUGCUACUCCCAGGCGGACCUUCUACACUGAGCCUUUCAGACUCAACAACAGCAUUCAAACAGCCCCUCCUGGGAGGCUGAGGGGACAAUGGGAGAAGGGCAGGCUGUGUCUGAAAUGGGACACACCCUUAUUGGCCCUGUCUGUCCACCUGAUGUACCAGCACCGCUACCAGCCUGGAGAGGAGACUGUCUGGAAGCUGGUGAUCCUGCCGGGCCCAGAGACCAGUACCUGUCUGGACAUUCAGACUGGAGUUCAGUACUAUAUCCAGGUCAGAGCCAGACCCAACGGGUCAGUCUACGCUGGCUACUGGAGCGACUGGUCACCCCGACUCACUGUGGACACGCCCUCAGACAUAGGUGCCCUCAUCUCCUGCAUCCCUCUCAUGAUGCUCGUUGUAUCAAUCGUCUUUAUCUCCAUGUUCUCCAGGUAUCUCAGUAAGCUCAAACAGUAUCUGUGGCCACCAGUCCCAAACCUUGACAAAGUACUCCACGGCUUCCUGACAGAUAUCAACGGACAGACUUGGGACCCUCCCUUCAACAUCAAGCAGUGUUCAGAGGAGACCCCAGCUUGUGUCGUGGAGAUCAUGUCUGAGAGGGAGGCUUCGGGCAGAGGGAUGCUUCCUUUACUACUCUCCUCAGAGCAAGGCACUUCAGGCGGGGAGGAGGAGAGCCUGCCUACCCUGGUCCUGGACGUCAGUCCGGACUACGUGACCCUGACCACGGAUGACGUCAUCCCCCGUCUCGGAGGGAACGAGUACGUGUACGAUGGGGAGGUGGGGGCGGAGUCUCAGAGCCUGUGGGUGGGGGGAGAGGAGGUGCUCCAGGUGAGGUGUCACUGCUCCUUUACUAGGUCCUCCAGCUUCCCAUCAUCCUCCAGUACCACGGACAUUCUCAACCACUCCUACCUACUGCUGGCCGAGCACCCCAUUAAGAGACUGGACUAUCCAGGGCAGCAGGGCGCCCCCCAGGGCAGCAGGGUCUAUGUGAACCUGGAGGACACAAGCUCAGCGAACACAAAUGCCUGAUUGGCUCUCUGGCACAGCACAACACAACAAGGGCACACAAAUUCAUGAAAAAGACAUGGGUAAAAAUAGAUGAAACCAAGUACAAAAUACAAGGGGGAGGCUUUAAAUAUCAAAUGUGCUAUUCUCAAAACAAGGAUGUAUUUAGGAUAUUCAACUUUGCACAAUGCUGGAUGAAAUAUCUUACGUGUCUAGGAAAAAUGUAAGACACAGCUCAAGUGUGCUUGUGGAUAUAAAAGGGGCUUCAGAAUGGUCAGUUACAAAACAUCAACACAAUAUCCAUUACGUCACUAAUAAAACAGGUCAUUGAAUGUGCCAUUCAUUCGUAGCAUGUACAGUACAUUGUAAAAAGGUGUGACUAUUAUUAUAGAUUUAGUUUGGGAUUUGUGGGAUAACAUGCCGGGUGUACCCAAAUCUGGAUGAACCGAGAGGGACUUUGAUAUUUUCCUUGGACAUACUCUAAAUAUGUAUCUAUUUUGCUUGUCUUAUGCCUGGCUGUACAGUAUAUGUCUAUCGUUAUCUUUUCACCUUACAAACAAUGCUUUCUUCAUUCCAGCCAUGUCUGGAAAGCCACACCUGUGCGAGUAACGUGUUCAAGUAAUGUACAUGAAGAAUGGAAAAGUAAACCUGCAAGUAUUGUUAAAUAUCUCUACGACAUGUGUAUAUUCAAACAAAAAAGAAUACAGAAAAUCACAAAACAAACAAGAGCAACAUUAAAAUGUUUGAAUAAGGAUAAAUGAGGAAAGUCAAAUGGCUCUGAUGAGGAACUCUAGUUCUCCCAUCAACACAAUGCGUUAAAGCCAGAUGUAAAUAUACUUCCAAUAGUUUGUAACAAGGGUAAUUUUCAGCAAACACACACAAAACCAAGUAAGUCAUGCACUCUUGUGUGCUUGGAUUAGAACAGAAUUCCAUAAUAAAAUACGAUGCCGGUUCCCUUUCAAAUGCUUCCAAAAAAACGAAUGGUGCUGACAACAAUAACAACAUUGAAAAGCAUUGGUAAAAUAAACAUUAAAAACACAGGAUCCUUGUCCUAAAAAAACAGCCUCGGCCUCUCCUUGAAGACAGCAGCAAACCAAACUGUGAGCCUCUAAAAGAGCCACCAUAUCACCUUGUAUAUACGGUAUGGUCAGAUUCAUUGACACAGUAAGGGGUGUCUGUGGGAUUCAUGUUCCCAGUCCUGAGUGGUACAGUAGUAUUGGCUGUGGUCAAGGGCAGGCAUGGGACUAUGUGGUCCAACGGUUGACAUGGAGAGUUUCAGUGUGAGAGAGGGAUCUUGGUUCUCACAAAACAGUACAUUGAUCAAUUGACAGAGAUAGUGCUGAUAGAGCCAGUUUCGUUUUCCCUAUCUGUCUCAGGAACUGAUAUCCUUACAGUUUAAUGCUUGACUGCAACUGAAACCUGGUGAUACUGCAGCUCUCCUGAACUGAGAUGUUUUUGUUGUUGUUAUGUUAGGACCAACCUUGUCAGAAAACACAGAGUGGACCCCUGCCUGGACCCCUGGUGGUCUCUCUGUCGGCCUUGCGUGCGUAGAGCACGUCGUCCUGGCUGACGUCGAGUCUGACCCUCUGUAGUACGUCUAGAUGGCUGGCCUCCAGCAGCGGCAGACAGCACGCCCUCGGGUGCUGACACGCGGCUAGACCCUUGGACACACUGAUGGGUUGCAGGCACUCCACACGAAACAACGCCUGGUGCUGCACUAACACCUAGAGGGAGGGUGGAGGACUUUAGAUAAGGGAAUCUCGGGGAAAAUUCACAAUGCAGGUAAAAGACGGAAAGAUGUGUGUUGAGCAAGAGCUGUAGUAAGUCAAUGUUGACCUCAGUAGGGUUGGAAGGUGACCGCCUCCAGUCACAGCCGCCUGAACUCAGCGAUGACCGCCCUCAGGAAGAGCUGCUCCUACACCAAUGCACACCGAACACACAUCGAUUUCACAUAGAUCGACAGCUCUCUGGGCCAAUGGGAACCAAUUGACAGCUCUGUGGGCCAAUGGGGUUUAUCUUACCCGGUGGCUUUGAUGUAAGAGGAAGAGAACUUCUCAUCCAGGGCCUCCAUCACAUGAUACCCACCAAUCCUGUGGAGGACGGGAGAGGGACAGCGGACAGAGACAGACACACCACUCACCGAUGGGUAAACACUUCACAGUAUCACUGGCAGACCUUUCCGAUCCAUGGUUCCAAUCGAUGACAUUAACUGAUCAAUCAAGAGGCAGGAAGAGAAAACCCCCCCAGAAGAACUGGAACGCAAGGACCUGAGUUGUGCACCCCUUGGGAUGGAUAAUAAAACGACAAAAAAAAGGCCUACCUUUCUAGAGAUGAGCUGCAGAGCAUCCUCCUCAAAGGCCUUGAACUUGUUCAGUCUGGACAUGAUGAUCUGCUGCAGCUGGACGGAUGGAACGACAUCCUGGUCAGGCCCUGGACACACAAACAGAGAGAGAGAGAGAGAGAGAGACACACACACACACAGUUUUAAACACCGUAAGAUGCAGUUAAACACACUCAAACACUUUCAUCCACACUGCACACACUAUUAGAGUUGCAAGAAUGCAAAAUUACACUUCAUAAGCAAUACAGAAACAGAAUAUAUAAAGUUGAAGACCUGUCAGAACUCAUUAGUAAGCUCCUUAAAAAGUACAAAUGCAUAUGAAAUGAAGGUAGAGGUGAUUGCGAGCCUGGACACACCAGUAGAACAGCGCCCUCAUGUGGUGGUGGACAUGGCGCCUCUUUGGCCAAUCAAACAGGUUGUACAUGACGUUCUGCUUCCUGGUCCACAGCAAGUCCAGCUAAGGAGUGGAACACAGGGUCAGUCAUAGAAAUGGAAUGACUAGAGCAAGCAUCCCCAUUCAAGUCAAUGAUGUGUAAUUCUAUUGCAAUGGGUCCAAGAAAUGUGUAGAGUAGAAAUAAUGAGACAAAUAUGGAAUGGGCACAAUUCUCUGUCUUGAUAUCUAUUAUCGGCAUCUCCCACUUGGGGUCAACGAUGGUUACAACCAAAAUAAAAAGACAUUCUCCUAUCCUUACAGA